AAUAUUAUCAACUGUCCGCUACGCGCGGAAUCUUCGCACGUGGUUGUUGACAUGAGCUCAGUGUCGAUCGUCGACAGUCGGCGAUGUGAGUACAGGCAGUGACGUGAGACCUGUUGUAUUAUUUUCUCGUGAAACGACGGAGAUGGUAGGCUUAAAUCCGAACGACGAAUUGGACUGGGUGAGGGUACGGGAAGAUCUGGACAAAGGUUACGUUAACGAAACGAUAUGGCAAAAGGCGAAACGUAAAACACAAGAAAAUCCACUCGUACCCCUAGGAGCAUUGGCGACUACAGCAGCUCUGACUGUUGGACUUAUUAGCUUUUACCAAGGAAAGAGAGGCAUGCAACAGUACAUGAUGCGUGCUCGUGUUGGUGCUCAAGCGUUUACCAUUAUUUGCAUGGUUGCAGGAUUUAUUUUGCUGCCAAGGUCAAAUUGAAAUAAAUGGUACACUGAUUUGCAGAGUACCAUUAUCUGUAUAGUAUACUUUUGCGUUUGCCAUGUGAUGUACUCGUCGCAUAUGAUGUACCUAUAUGAAUGAAUAUUUCAUUUUUUCAUAUUUAGUACAAAGUUAUCUCGGUAUAUAUUGAGAAAAGCAAUACUGUAUGUAAACUAAUAUUUUUACUUAUAAAAAUAUAUAUGAUCACAAUUAUUGAUACAGUU